ACAUGUAAACAAAUUCCCCUAUUCCUCUGAUCUACUUUAUAGCCCUGAGACUCUCUUUCUGUACUCUAAUCAUUUAUCUCUCUGUCUCUUAGUUUGUUCUCUUAUUCUGAAUCAGCCAAGUUUCUUCAUUUCUCCAAUCAAGAAAAUCUUGAAAGAGACUCAAGAUUCACUUUCAAAGAUAUCUUGAUAAUAGCCUCACACUCUGGUUUCAAAGAUGGGAAACGACGAGACCGUACGAUUCUUGAUUCACUUCUUUAAUGGAAGAUGGUUCAUGGUGUUUGCUUCGUUCCUCAUCAUGGCUUGCGCUGGAGCCACUUAUCUUUUCGGGACUUACUCAAAAGAUAUCAAAUCCACACUUGGUUACGACCAGACAACGUUGAACCUCUUAGGUUUCUUUAAAGAUCUUGGAGCAAACGUCGGUGUCUUGUCCGGUCUAAUAGCUGAGGUCACACCGACUUGGUUCGUCCUCACCAUUGGUUCGGCGAUGAACUUCGUCGGUUACUUCAUGAUCUGGCUUACCGUAACAGGCAAAGUCGCGAAGCCAAAGGUUUGGCAAAUGUGUCUUUAUAUUUGUAUCGGAGCUAACUCGCAGAACUUUGCAAACACAGGAGCUUUGGUUACUUGUGUUAAGAAUUUCCCUGAGAGCAGAGGAGUUAUGCUUGGUUUACUUAAAGGUUAUGUUGGACUAAGUGGCGCAAUCUUGACGCAGCUUUAUUUUGCGAUCUAUGGACACGAUUCAAAGUCUUUGAUUUUGUUGAUAGCGUGGUUGCCUGCUGCAGUUUCUCUCGUGUUUGUGUAUUUGAUAAGAGAGAAGAAGGUUGUGAGGCAGAGGAAUGAGCUCAGUGUGUUUUACCAAUUCCUUUAUAUUUCUAUAUUCUUGGCUUUGUUCCUUAUGGCAAUGAAUAUUGCUGAGAAGCAAGUUCAUUUCUCCAAAGCCGCUUAUGCGGCAAGCGCUACGAUAUGUUGUGUUUUGCUUUUUGUGCCUCUUACGGUUUCGGUUAAACAAGAGAUUGAAGUUUGGAACAUGAAGAAGUUACCUAUCGAAGAGCCGAGCGAGGUCAAGGUUGAGAAACCGAAGAAAGAACUUGAUCUUGUUCAAGACAAAACCGCCAAGGUGGAUGGAGAAGAGAAGGAGACGAAAUCUUGUUUCUUGACGGUGUUUUCUCCACCGCCAAGAGGGGAAGAUUACACAAUAUUGCAAGCAUUGCUCAGCACCGACAUGAUAAUACUAUUUGUGGCGACAUUCUGUGGUUUAGGAUCGAGCUUGACUGCGGUAGACAACCUCGGGCAAAUAGGGGAGUCUCUCGGCUACCCGAACCACACGGUUAGCUCUUUUGUGUCCCUAGUCAGCAUAUGGAAUUACUUCGGUCGAGUGUUCUCAGGUUUUGUCUCAGAAUACUUGCUUGCCAAGUAUAAAUUACCCCGACCGCUCAUGAUGACAUUAGUCCUCUUAUUGAGUUGUGCGGGUCACCUUCUCAUCGCCUUCCCGGUACCAGGCUCGGUAUAUAUCGCGUCAAUUCUAAUGGGAUUCUCUUUCGGUGCACAACUUCCUCUGCUCUUUGCCAUCAUCUCAGAACUCUUCGGACUCAAGUACUACUCUACAUUGUUCAAUUGUGGACAACUUGCUAGCCCGCUCGGGUCUUACAUCCUAAACGUCCGCGUCACGGGAAUGCUUUACGAUAGAGAGGCCUUGAAGCAACUAACGGCUCGAGGCCUAACCCGAAAAGACGUAAAGGACUUGACUUGCUUAGGAAGUCAAUGUUAUAAGCUACCGUUUGUGAUUUUGGCAGCAGUAACGUUCUUUGGAGCACUUGUAUCUUUGGGUUUAGCUAUAAGGACGAGAGAGUUUUACAAAGGAGAUAUUUACAAGAAGUUUAGGGAGAGUCCUGAAUCCGAGUCUGAUUCAAGAAAAGCUGUUGAAUUUGUUGGUAAAUAAUUAUCAUACAAAUUGUAUUUGUAACUUGAAUUAUAGUUGAAUAAAUUAAUAGAAAAGAG